AGCUCCUUGUCCGCGUCGUGUGCCUCGCACUGAACAAGCGAUCGUAUCGCCCCGCGCUAUCGCCGACGUCGUGGAUUGUGCGCGGAUGCGCGUGUGUGGAUAAGGCAGGAAGGAAGGGCCUCGGAGAACAGUGAAUGCUAUGGCUUCGGUGGCCGCGGCGCUCGGGACCGCUCUUUGGGCGCUACUGACGCAGCUCUACCAGCGAGGAACGGCAAUAUGGCUCGACCAUGGGUCGGUGUAUCUGUUUCGCUACCUGGUGGCCGUGGCACGGUUAACGUACCUGCUGCGAAAAAAAGGUCGAGCAUUCAAAUACGUAGAGCCAGAAAAAUACGAUGACACUGUGAGCAACUGCGCCAUCUGUGCACCCGUGGAAUGGAACAAAGAGUGCCCACGCCCGAAGGAGCAGCUAGAGGAGAGCGAAGACAGCCUCUUCUUCUACGGUGUGAACUCUGAUGGGGAACGCCUGGUAGUCAGCGUGUCGCGCUUGCCCACUCACGUGGCCGAACUAUGGCUCGCCCUCUACACAUCCGACGGCACUCGGUACACGCUGCCCGCCACGAUUACACUGGACCGGAGUGCCGGGAGUUGCUUCUCCGCAGCUGGUCUCCGGCUGCAGUGCUUGGCCCCAAAUCGUCGUUGGCGUGUGGCAUUCAACGGAUUGCUCAGGCAAGAAACACCGGCGCCGCGGCCUCGGGCAAAACGGGGUCAGCUUGCGUCUGACGACCGCAGUGAAAGAAAACGACGUCGCAUUGAGCAGAGCAACGCAUCGUCGCCCGACGAAUGUUCAACAGUCGCUACUGCGAACGAAGGCGGUGAAACGAAACAUUCCGCGGAAGGGAAUGCAGCAUCGGAGGACGCAGAAGUUCACGUCAAGGUCGGGUUCAUCUGGUCGGCAGUUUCGCACACGCUGGAGCAACCGGCUGAACUGUCUGCACCACUGCUGGCAGAGAGCCUUGCCCAGAUGAAAACUACCGACAUGCUCAACGACAUCAACAAGCUGGUCACUGAAAUGGACGGGUACGAUCAACCAGGCAUGAUGGCUGGCGAGCUGACAGUUGCGGACCAGACGAGAGAAGUUUUCUUGUGGGGUUGCAAAGUGAGAACGCGAGGGAAGAUCCUUGACGAACCGUACGAAGAAGACCACAACUUUGGGUUUCUGGAGAACGGUGACACUUAUCAUUUUGUUCACUCGAACGCCUACGGAGGAAGCAAAGGCAUCAUGUAUGGGUCUUUUUAUUCACCCUCGUCAAUCAUGCACCCCAUCGACUAUGGAUUUCUGAAGAGUAAAGGUCCAGACGCAGGAAACGGUCAAGUGUUCAUAAGAAGUGGUGUCGGUGCCUUCCAAGUUAACACUACAGCUGUGGCACCAAGCAUUUCAUACGAGACUGGAGAUGGUUCGUCUGAAGCUAAUGUAACUGUGAUUGACCUCAAGUGUGACAGCAAGAAAGGAUCUGGAUUCCACAUUUCUCUGAAAAGGUGGAAACGCACAGGCAGUCACGCGAUUGACCAUUGCAAGCACAAGAUAAUUGAAGAGCACGACAUCCCGAAGGUGGCCCCGCUUGUGUCGGAUAUCCGAGACAAAUGUAGCAAGGUCUCAGACCUUACUGGAGGCAAGGGGUCGUCCCUGGCGGUACUGCACUCAAUCUCUUCUAGUCUGAAUACGUUUACAGUUCCUCGUGGAUUCAUUGUGACGACCGAGUCUUACCGGCGUUUUGCCUCAGGAGGAGAGUUUCAAAGGCUCAUAAGGAAAAUAGAGGACUCAAGGAAAAGGGGCGACGGACAAGCGGAUCUAAAAGAUGUCUGCAACAGCGUGGUCGCUGGCAUCGAGAACCUGGAAGUGCCUGCGGAAAUCGCCGAAGAAAUCGCUCAGCGCUUGUCAAAAUUUAAUGCGGACAGAAAGUUUGCUGUGAGAUCUUCGGCCCUAGGAGAAGACUCUGAGGACAUGUCAGCCGCUGGCCAGAUGACAACUCUACUUGGCCUGCGUGGAAGGCAGAAAGUAAUCAGCGGCGUGGUGAAGUGCUGGGCGUCACAGUUUAAUUUCACCAACGUGAACUAUAAAAGGCAGUACGGACAGCCUCUGAACGUACCAAUGGCAGUAGUAGUGCAAGAACUGGUCGAUGCGAACGCCGCCGGAGUCAUGUUCACCUGUGAUCCGCUGACUGGUAGCGCAGCGCAGAUCACAGUGACCGCUAACUACGGCCUUGGAGAGUCUGUGGUGUCUGCCACAGCGGAACCUGACACGUUUGUCCUCAAAAGGGCAGGCGUGUCCAGACCGGUAAUCAUCUCAACCCAACUGGGCCACAAGUCGGUUUAUACGACGUCUUCCGACAGCGAUGGCGUUGUCACGGCGCCUGUCAGCGACGAAAAAGCUCGCAGUGCGUGCAUAUCAAAAGAAGACGUUGAGACUUUGGCUUUCAUCGGCACGCAGAUUGAGAAGACUUACACUACACCUCAGGACAUCGAGUGGGCGAUCAGCAAUGGCCGAUUCUUUAUGCUACAGUGUCGACCGGUUACAACCUUCUUCAGGGAGUCGGACUGUGAAAUGAUCCACGAAUUCGACAACGGCCUUAAGUGCGAGAAGGAGGUGCUCUGCAAGGCAAACAUGUCAGAAGUACUUCCCGGAGCCACGUCUCCACUGAGCUACUCCUUCAUCCGCGUUGGCAUCGACCAUUACUGCAGGGACAUGUGCAUACGUUUGGUGCGAGCAUGUGACCCAGACCCAACCCAAUACCAUUCCCUGUGGAUGCCCUUGCAGCGGUACAACUACUUCAUGUGGCUCUCUGACGGACAAAGGAAAACCGGCCCAGGGUCAUCGCUUCUGGACAAGUCACUCAUGUACAGCGUCAUGGGACGGGACGUUAGCGCCGAAGUGGCCAAUGGCGUGCAGAGAGUCAGGCAGCUGAAGAGGACGAAGCUUCCGGAGCAGAUAUUGUUCACCUUAAAGAUGAUGUUUGCUCGCUCGAAAGAGUACGAUAAGGCUGCUGCUAAAGCUGCUGAACUCAGGCUCUCCGAUGACGGAAUGAUCACUGCUGAACAGCUGUACGAAUACAUUGGUCGCAGCUUGCAUCACAUGAGAGAGCCCGCCGUUCUCUUAAUAAAGGGAUUUGCGACGUCAUCGAUGUACAAUCUCAUCAUCUUACAGGUACUAGCUACUGCCAGCGGAGAACUGAACAACGAAGUCUUCAGCGAGCUGUCAAAGAUUCUUCUAGGAGGAGACGUCGAAAGUGCUGGUGUUCCUCGAAUGGUUCAGGAACUGGGCAGCAUGCUGAGAGACUCCCCGGAGAAGGAGCGCUUCCUCAAUAUGAGCACGGAGGAAGCAUCAGAGUGGCUGUCAACUUCUGAGGACGAGUGCGGCCAGAAGUUUCGAGAAUUCAUCAAAAAACAUGGCCAUCGGGCAGUGAAGGAGUUUGAUGUGUACACAAACCCAUGGGCGCUGGAUCCGUCAUCGUUGGUGAAGUCUCUGAAGGUUGCUGCAAAGGCUCCCCAGGCUGUAAACAAAAAGCAGCUGCCCACAUGGAAUGCAUCCAGCUGCGCGUACAAGUUCUCCACUUUCCAAAAAAUCAUCCUGAAGCUUGUCGUGCCGAAAGCACGAAGUGCUGUCGCAGCACGCGAAACCGGGAAGUCUGCGCUAGUCCGGGUCAUUCACCAACUGCGGCUGAUGUGUCGCAAGCUGGCACUGCUCAUGGUGCAAGAAGGCAGGCUACCCUCACCGGACCUGCUCUUCUUCCUCAGCUACGAAGAGAUCGGCAUUCUGAUCCGCACACGGGCUCCAGAGCUGGUUCUCAAAGCUCAGCGACGGCAGAAAAUUUACGAGCAGGUGGACAAAGACAAGUACCCAACAAUUCUCAUCGGAGUGCCAAGGCCUAUUGAAAAAUUCAGGAAACGUGUUGAAGGUGACUUCGAAAUCAAAGGAAACCCGAUGUCUCAGGGUGUCGCGGAAGGAAGAGCUCGAGUUGUGCCCACAUUCGAAGAAGCCCACUUAAUUGAGAAGGGCGACAUACUCAUCACAACAGCGACGGACACUGGCUGGACGCCUUACUUUCCUCUGCUCGCUGGAGUCGUGACAGAAAUAGGAGGCCCACUAUCACAUGGUGCUGUUGUUGCGCGUGAGUACGGCCUGCCCUGUGUAGUCGGUAUCGAAGGCGUGACCACGAUGCUCGCGUCUGGUGACUAUGUACAGCUUGACGGCAACACUGGCGUUCUCAGAAGAAUUGCGGCUCCCAUUGCUGACGAAGAAUAAGAUACAGCCGGAUCCGGCUGUCGUGUACAGAAACGAUCUUUUUAAUGCCUGCCUACCAUGUGUAUUUUUGAAUGUUACAAAUAAUCAAAACACACAUACGUCACGCGUUCAAUUUGUAAACUACACGAGUACAAUGUUCA